GCUCCGGGCGCGCGGGAGGUAUUGUCGCUCACCUCCAGGCUUUGUUACGUCGUCGUCUGCUCACCUGGCCGCGGGUGCGACCUGGCCGCUGUAGCCCGGAGCGGGUGCCAGCCGCCGUCGCCAUGGUGUCCCCGGUCACUGUGGUGAAGAGUGAGGGACCCAAACUGGUGCCUUUCUUCAAGGCCACCUGUGUGUAUUUUGUGCUCUGGCUACCCUCAUCCAGCCCAUCAUGGGUCAGUGCCCUCAUCAAGUGCCUGCCUAUCUUCUGCCUCUGGCUCUUCCUUCUGGCCCAUGGCCUUGGAUUCCUGCUGGCCCACCCCAGCGCCAUCCGCAUCUUUGUGGGGCUCGUCUUCUCUGCCCUAGGUGAUGCCUUCCUCAUCUGGCAAGACCAGGGCUACUUUGUGCACGGUCUGCUGAUGUUUGCUGUGACCCACAUGCUCUACGCCUCAGCCUUUGGCAUGCGGCCACUGGCUCUCCGGACAGGCCUGGUGAUGGGAGUGCUGUCAGGCCUGUGCUAUGCCCUCCUCUAUCCAGGGCUCUCAGGUGCCUUCACCUACCUGGUGGGGGUCUAUGUGGCCCUUAUCAGCUUCAUGGGCUGGCGAGCUAUGGCAGGACUGCAGCUGGUUGGGGCAGCCUGGCGCUGGACUGAGCUGGCAGCAGGCAGUGGUGCACUGCUCUUUAUCAUCUCAGACAUGACCAUUGCCUUGAACAAGUUCUGCUUUCCUGUGCCAUACUCUCGGGCACUCAUCAUGUCCACCUACUAUGCUGCUCAGAUGCUCAUCGCCCUGUCUGCUGUGGAGAGCCGGGAGCCGGUGGAAGACUAUAGACUGAACAAGGCCAACUGAGGGACCAGGGUCUGCACACCUCUUUCUCCUGGGUUUGGGGUCCAGACCCUGGGGAACCUACAGGAGCUGGAUCAGGAUGGCUGCAGUGCCAGCCUGGGCAGUAGGUAUCACCUGGGGAAUUGACAAGUUUGAAGGGGUAAGCAGGAGAAGGAUCUCUCUAGCAAAGCUAGAGGUCCAAGAUAAUGCCAAGUACUCAGAGAAGCAGCUUCACAUUCCUUUCUGGAGUCAGAAUAUAUCACACCACCUCUACCCCAUCAGGACUCAAAGACCUCCUGAAGGGUAAUGGUGCUCAGCUUCUUGACCACCCCCCAUUUCCCUACUAGGUGGAAGAAUCUAUCUUCAUCUCCUAUGCCCCAGAACAAGUGGCAAUGCUGGAUGUAUCUACUCCCACCUUUUUUGUUUCAUAUAGUUGAGGAAAAGAGGGGAGAAAUCUGAGUUGAGAGGACCCAAGGCCAGGGCUUGAAGCCCCUUUAACAGACCCCUGAUUGGGAAGAUUGGAUGAAAAUGGAAUCUCCCUUUCCCUUGUCUAUCCUUGUUACUUGAACAAUCUUAAUCUUUAAGCCUGACUGUGGAGGUGAAGGGUAAGCCAGUAAACUUGGUCUGGGAGCUUCUGGAUACCAAGGAUCGAAGUUGAUCCCAUCUCACUCACAGGCCAGCCCAGAGCUCAGGCCCCCCUUACUACAACCCUUAGACCCUGUCCCCAGGGCUACGGUAACCAUGCCAAAGGAAAGGGCCAGGCUCUGUGUGUGUGUGUGUAGUGUGUAUGUGUAGUCUGUCUCCUAGCUAGUCUGUGUGUUUCUCUGUCAUGUCUCUGACUGCUGUCUAUAAAAUCUCAUAGGGAGAGGGCCUCAGGGAGCUACUGAGGGGUGCUGAGCCUGGCACCUCUCCUCCCCACAUACCCACUCUCAAUGCUUUCCUCCCUGUCCCUCCUAAACUGGGCUCCAAUGACAUUCUAGGGUCUUAAGACCCAAGGCACAUUCAAUGCAAGGGAAGCAAGGAUGGGGCAACUCCAUCCUCUACUGCCCAAAUGAAUUAAAUAAAUAAAUAGAAACCAAGGACCACUGACUCCCCUGCUUGUCUGCCUGUGUGGCACGUGCCUGUCCUGGAGAAUGAGUGGGGGCAUGGUGCCAGGGGCCCUGGCUGUCCUCACAGCCUGGGUCAAAGUCUUGGCCAGGGCAUCUUGGUGCCAGGCUGGCUCCCUAGUUCUGCUGACGCUGUGCUAGUUGGAGUAGGUCUCACUUCUCUGAUCACAUGCGUGUAUGAGGAUGUGGUUUAGGACCAGGGGGGAUGGGUAAUGUUUGCCAUUGUCAAAAUUUGUCCUUGAUACACUUUUCCUAUGCACAGGUGCCCAGCAAUAUUGGUGACCCUUAAUUACCCAGUGUCCUCUACUGCUGCCUGUCUCCUCCCCUUUCCACCACAGACCUGCUGCCUGCUCCAAAUGAUCCAGAUUUCCCUUUAAGUAUCUCCUUCUCCUGAGACUCUAGGUUUAGUUGAACAACUGGGAGGAAUGGAAAUAGAUUGGCUAAUUCAUACUCUAGACAUAAAACCCUAGCAGACUCUGUGUCACCCCACCCCAGGGGCAUUUGCAUUUUAACAGGCAAUGUCCAAACACUGAAGUAGGAAAGUCUUAGAUGGUGGUGAAUAUGCCUUUGGAAGAAUUGCUGCACGUUUGUGGGAAUGUGAUACAGGACACUCAGGUCUCAUGGGUGUUGGGUGAAUCAAUGAUUUUUCAAACUAGGAUUUCAUGGUUUUUGUUCUGUUUUGUUUUUGCUGUGCUGGGGAUUGAAUCCAGGGUCUCAUGCAUGCUAAGCAUGAACUCUACCACUGAGCCUCAAACUAAGGGUUUCUUCCCCUGUCCACAUGGUACUGGGGAUUGAACCCAGGGGCGCUCUACCACUGAGAUACAGCUCCAGUCCUUUUUCUACUUUAUUUUGAGACAAGAUUUCACUAAAUUGCCAAGGAUGGCUUGGAACUUAUGGUCCUGUCUCAGCCUGCCAUGUAGCUGGAAUUACAGGUGUGUGCUGCCAUGCCAGCCAAACUAGGGUUCUACAGAGACCUCUGGUGGGGAAUAGGAAGGUGUAAGGAGAGGAAGAGGGCUCAAUGACACUCUAUCCUAAUUUUAAGUGCAGUAGCUUAAGAUUUUUUUCUUUUAAGGAAGGAUUCUGCUGCAAAACAUUUGACACUGGAUGAUCAGUCCCUUCUAGCUCUAAUAGUGGGAUCCCUGAACACCAAAGAGGCAAAGUCCUGAUCCUUUCACACCUCAGAAUGCUGAACACAGAUCUACCUGGUGUGAAGAAAUGGGAUUGAGAAGGACGCAGAAAAGGAUGAAGUAUUUAAGACUUGCCCCAUGCCUGAGGAGUGGGAGAGUGCAGUGUGGCUGUGUAGGAGGGGUAGGCAAGUCAAGGUCCAGUCAAAAGGAGGUUAGUCACUCCUUUGAGAAUGUUCUUGGAGCUUGGUUCAUCCUAUGCUUGUGUCCAUAUUCUAGGCCCCUAUUGUGUUCCUCACUCUCAGGAAUAGUAAAGGGUAAGCUCGGUGAGUUUAUUGUCCCAUCCCUUCACAGAUGUUUACAUUGACAUACACCAGAGAGCAGACUGGGCUUUGUACACUGUGGCCAUGCACAGAAAGUCCAAGAAGCCCCACAUCACAACAGCUUCCAGAUGCCUGGGCUGGGCAGGAACUCACAUCAGGUGCUUUGAUUUCUUCUGCAGGUUCUCAGUGAUGGAUGCUAGAAUUGACUUGUCAUCUUUGUCUGAAAGAUCAAAGCGAAUAUUCAUUAGUGUUAAUGAUGCUGGGGGCCAGGGAAUCUACAAACUGCUGGGCUUAAUUAUUGUACUACCACACA